AUGAGCAACAAUCUGGUUAUAUUUGGUGGCGACUCGCACCCGAAGUUGGUGGCGCAGAUCUGCGCGCAGUUGGACGUGCAGCCGUCGAAAGUGGAGCUUGGGAAGUUUUCGAACGGGGAGACGAGCAUUGCCGUGAAGUCGUCAGUGCGUGAGAAGGAUGUUUAUGUGAUCCAGAGUGGGUGUGGCCACGUGAAUGACACUUUCAUGCAGUUGCUGAUCCUGAUCAGUGCGUGCAAGUCUGCGUCCGCGUCGCGGGUCACCGCUGUGAUCCCGUACUUCUGUUACUCUAGACAACCAGAUAUCCCGUACACUGCGAAGGGUGCGCCCAUAAUUUCUCAACGGAAGAGCAGUGGGUCAGCCUCCGCCUCCACGCCCGCAGCGACCCCAACUGCUGGUGGCAAGACUGUCACGACGACGCAGAGACCAGGUGCUGACUCGCCCUUCAAGUCUCUCGACAGUGCGAUACGAUCGACGAUCCAGUCCCCCACUCCCGUGAGACCACCACCAACCACUGUAGGGUCCUCACGGAUCCCGAUGAUCCCCGAGGGCGGGAAGUUAAACCGGAGCGGUGGCCAGCAAACCCCUCAGCCACCGUCCUCUACAUCUGCUGAGGCGGAGGAGUUAUUCAACGCGCAGAACGCAGGGUACAAACUGUGGGUUGUUCAAGCUGGGACUUUGAUUGCGAACCUGCUGACUGCUGCUGGAGCAGACCACGUCAUCACUAUGGACCUCCACGACCGUCAAUUCCCUGGGUUCUUCGACGUCCCCGUGGACAACCUGUACUGUAAGCCGCUGGUGCAGAACUACAUCCACCACUGUAUCCCCGGGUACCGUGACGCAGUUGUUGUUUCACCGGAUGCCGGUGGUGCGAAGCGGGCCACCGCUGUCGCAGACGCGUUGGAACUAUCCUUUGCGAUGAUCCACAAGGAGAGACGGUCGCAACUGUUGAAGGGUCCACCUGACGCUACUCUGACCAGUGGUGCAGACAUCCCCUCGAAACCUCUGUUGCAGCACAACCCACCGCCCGCGGGGGCCCCCGCCUUACACAGGUCUGGUUCUAGCAGUUCUGUAUCCUCUGCUUCGUCAUCCAAGUUUGUACAAACGACGAUGAUAGUCGGGGACGUGCGUGGUAAGACGUGCAUCCUCGUAGACGAUCUCGUGGACACCUCGUACACGAUCACUCGUGCCGCCGUGCUACUAAAGGAUCAGGGCGCUACUGCCGUGUACGCCAUCGCCACACACGGUGUUUUCUCAGGGGACGCGCUAGAGCGGAUCAAGCGGUCACCCAUAGACAAGAUUGUGGUUUCCAAUACGAUCCCGCAGGAACGCACGCUGGCCGUCUUGGGCAAGCACCGCGUCGACAUCCUCGACGUCUCGCGCGUGUUCGGCGAGGCCAUCCGCCGUAUCCACAACGGUGAGUCGAUCUCGAUGCUGUUCGAGUACGGCUGGUGA